ACAUUUUUGCCGAGAUAACGAUUGACUAACGAAAUGUGGCCUUACGAACAGCUUUCUUAAUGCAGGAAACAACUACAAUGGACGACGUUGACAUUCUCUUGGAGGAUAUUGUGAAGGAAUGUGGUGGGUUCGGAAAGUUUCAACUCCUUAUUACUGUCAUCAUAUUUGUGUCGAAGAUCUCCGUGACCUGGAGUAUGUUGAUGAUGGCGUUUGGUGGUGCUACACCUGAUUGGUGGUGUAACUGGCAAAAUAGUUCUAAUCACGAAGGACACUCAAAAUACAGCACAGAACCCCCCGUUAUGUCAUUCAAGAAGUGUCAUCCUCCUGCAAAUAUUUCCACCUCCAAUAAUUGCCUUGGAAAGAUCUUUUCCUCCGAUAUGAACACUGUUGUUAGUGAGUGGACUCUUGUUUGCGAUGACUCAUGGAUUACGUCAACAAUCACCACUAUACAAAUGGCGGGCCUACUGAUUAGUGGUCUUCUGGCGGGACAAAUGGCAGACACUGUAGGUCGCAAACCCACAUUUUAUCUUUCAAUCUUGCUUAUGGGAUUAUUUAACGUAUGUGCUGCUUUUUCAGUCUCUUGGGAAAUGUUCGCCGGUUUCCGAUUUCUAAUUGGUGUAAGUUGUGGAAUGUAUUUGACAACCGUGCACAUAUCCCUUAUUGAAUUCAUCCCAGCGAAGACCCGAGCAAUGGUUUGUGCUUUACCUAGCUGGCCAGUUUAUGCGGCGUUCUACGGUCUUUUAUCAUACCUUCUCCAUGACUGGAAAUACAUACAUUUCGCUACAGCAGUAUCCACGGUUCCUCUUCUUCCGACAUUUUGGUUAGUUCCUGAAAGUUUUAGAUGGCUAUCAUCGAACUGUAAAAAAAAGGAAGCUGAAAAAGUUGUCGAAAAAAUAGCAAAACUGAAUGGCCGAGAAAAACCAAAUCUCGAAAAGCUGUCGAGCGUCCUAACCAAGGAAGCGAAUCAUAAACAGAAACAUCACUCGGUGUUCGAUCUGUUUGCUAACCCUUCUUUAGUCAAAUGUACACUCCUCAUGAGCUUCUGUUGGUUGUCCUGCGGCUACUCCUAUUACGCAAUAGCCUUUGGUGUUGAUCAGCUUUCAGGAAGUCUGUACUUAAACAUGUUUUUGCUUAGCAUUAUUGAGAUACCCUCAUCACUAAUAACUUGGUUCCUGGCUAAUCGUAUAGGGAGACGUUGGACGUGUUUUUCUCUCUUUGGCAUUGCGGCCUUUGGUGGACUAUCCGUGGGUGUAGUGAGCCUUAUUGAUCCACCACAAGCAUCAGAUCUUAUUAACGGAUUUGCUCUGACGUCCAAGCUUGGAGUAGCGGGAGGAUGGGUUGCUUUGAUGACGUUCACCACAGAGUCCUACCCGACAGUUAUCAGAAACACAGGAUUUGGAUUGCUUAGUUCGGUGUCACGUGUAGGUGCGAUGGUAGCGCCUCAAGUCGUGCGUUGGAACAAAGAUAUCCCCGGGCUCUUGUAUUUUCUUUGCGGAUCCUUGAUGUUACUGUGCGCCAUCUGUUGUCUGAUUCUACCGGAAACUAAGGACAAAGUGUUGAGAAAUAGGAUUGUAAAAGACAUUGUGCCCAAAUCAUACACUACACCUGACGAUGAUAUCACUCGCACUGGCUAUUCAAGGAUACAGGCUGAAUGAGGGUUUUGAGACUGUCAUCACAAUUACCUUGGACAUUUUGCAGUGUUAAAAAGCAUUGCGGAUGUAAAUUAAUAAAUCGUUAUGUAAAAGGUU